UGGAAAACGUGUAAAACCGAAUUUGAUUUUUCACUUCCGAAAAGUCGUUUCUCGAAGGAAACCAUGAACAGUAGCGAGAGAGUUCCGUGCGACUUCUGCAACGACCGAACAGCGGUUCUGUUCUGCAGAGCCGACACAGCGAAGCUCUGUUUACUCUGCGACCACCACGUGCACACGGCGAAUCUCCUCUCCAAGAAGCACGUACGAUCUCAGAUCUGCGAUAACUGCGGCAACGCGCCGGUCUCGGUUCGUUGCUUCACCGACAGUCUUGUCUUGUGUCAGGACUGCGACUGGGAUGUUCACGGAAGCUGCUCCUCCGUCUCCGACGCUCAUGUACGCUCCGUUGUUGAAGGGUUUGCAGGUUGUCCGUCGGCGUUGGAGCUUGCGGCGUUGUGGGGGAUUGAUCUGGGAGAGAAGAAGGAAGAGAAGCAAGGGCCUAUGAUGAUGGAGAGUUUUGGGAUGGAGUUGGAUUCGUGGAUCUCUGGAUCUAACGUUUUGCAGGAGCUGGUGGUUCCUGUUCCCAAGAAGGGGGGAUCUAGUACUAGUAGCUGUGGGAGGUAUAAGAAGGUUUUGUGUAGACAGCUUGAGGAGUUGCUCAAGAGUGGUGGUGGAGUUGAUGAUGGUGGUGGUGAGGAUGAAGUAGGAGAAGAGACUAUGGUUCCGGAGAUGCAAGGGGGAUUGGGAUGGAGGAGAGAUGAAGAUGAGAUUAGUGGUGGCGCUGAAGUUAUCCAGCAGCCUUCAACGACGUCGUUUACGUCUUUGCUGUGGAAUGGUGCUAAUGCUAGUGAUGGUCAGAGACAGAGUACUCAGAUUUGGGAUUUUAAUUUGGGACAAUCAAGAGAACCCGAGGACAGUAGCAGAAGGGAAGCAGCAUAUGUUGCAAAAGAUGCUGCUUCAUUCAAACUCAACAGCUUUGUUGAAGUCAAGAAGAAUGAUACUUGUUCCACUAAAGCCAAAGGUGUCAAAGACAUUUGCCAGGAUGAUUACAACCAAUCUACUUCGGGCCAGGUACCAGUAACAUCUCACAGCAACAAUCUUCCUAUUACCUUUGGCUCCGAGAAAGGUUCAAACUCCUCCAACGAGUUACAUUUCACUGAAAACAUUGCUGGAACUAGUUGUAAGACCACAAGAGUAGUAGCAACCAAGGCUGAUCUUGAGCGACUGGCUCAGAACAGAGACAAUGCAAUGCAGCGUUACAAAGAAAAGAGAAAAAAUCGAAGAUAUGAUAAGACUAUAAGGUAUGAAUCUAGGAAAGCUAGAGCUGAUACAAGGUUGCGUGUCAAAGGCAGAUUUGUGAAAGCUAGCGAAGCUCCUUAUCCUUAA